CUCAUUUUAUCUUCCAAUUGAAGCCCAAACAGUCACAAUGGCUCCCAAGAUCGCCAUCGUCUUCUACUCCAUGUACGGCCACGUUGAGAAGCUGGCCCAGGCUGAACUCAAGGGUAUUCAGGCCGCCGGUGGUAAUGCCGACCUCUACCAGAUCCAGGAGACCCUGCCUGAGGAGGUCCUUGCCAAGAUGCACGCUCCUCCCAAGUCCUCUGUCCCCACUCUAGAGAAGCCCGAGCAGCUUCUGGAGUACGAUGCCGUUCUCUUCGGUAUCCCUACCCGUUAUGGUAACUUCCCUGCCCAGUGGAAGGCCUUCUGGGACCGCACUGGUGGUAUCUGGGCUACUGGUGGUUUCUUCGGCAAGUACGCUGGCCUGUUCGUCUCCACAGGUACCCUUGGUGGUGGCCAGGAGUCCACUGCGAUCGCUGCCAUGAGCACCCUCACCCAUCACGGUUUCCUCUACGUUCCUCUUGGCUACAAGACUGCCUUCCCUCUCCUCUCCAACCUCGAAGAGAUCCACGGUGGUAGCGCCUGGGGCGCUGGUACCUUUGCUGGUGCCGAUGGCUCUCGCCAGCCCACCAAACUUGAGCUCGAGAUCGCUGAGACUCAGGGCAAGUCCUUCUAUGAGCACGUCUCUCGUGUCAACUUCGCGUGACUACAUGGAAGCACCGAAGUUGAGUCUCAAGCCAAGCCUGCUCAGCAACAGACAACUACACCCAAAACGGAGAAGCAGAACAGCUCUGAAGCGAAGAAGUCAGAGAAGGACAAUGAGGGCGGCCCUUGCGGUCUGCCUAAGAAGUGUAACAUCCUCUGAUUGACUUGGCUAUAUACCCAUGCUUGAUUUCUCGUUUAGUGGUGUUAUUUUGUUUCUUGAUGGAAAGGAGACUUGAUGAUUCAUGAAUUGGCUUUAGAAAAUAAUGACAUAUAAUCCAUCC